AAGCCCAGUGUUUUCUGCGCGCCUCCCUUCGCAGACGCGGCGGACGCAGCGGCAGCGUCAGUGUUGUUAUUGACGCGCGCAGACAUCCGCAGCGGUGCGACGCGUCAGCGACGCUCACUUUCCUUUUGUCUGUCAGAGACAUCGAGACAUCAGCUGAUGUCUGAGCGCGGAGCCGAGCUCAGGGACGUAAACACGCCGGCCUGCGCGCACUGGCUCCCGGCUUCUUCCCCGAGCCUUCAUCGCUGCUGAGCUCGCUCCGCGGCAGAAGAAGCGUCCGCGCUCAUGGCGUCAGCGUCGAAGGUGUCGAUCCUGGAUUAUUUCAACAUCGUGUACGAAGGAGAAAAUGGCAAAAUCGAGUCCAACUGCAAAGCGUGUGGCACCAGGAUCCAGGCGAAGAGAAGCGUCACGUCCAACUUCGUCACGCACCUGAAGAGGAAACACCAGGCGAUGUACGAGGACUUUGUGAAGAGAAAGGAUAUGAAGAGAGAGGGAUACUCGACUGGACCGCUGCACAGUUUCACCAGCAAUGGAGGGAAUCCACGCUUCACGUUACCUGUCAGUACUGGAGGAGCAGGAGGAGGAGCAGGAGGAGGAGGAGUGGGAACUCCAGAGGGAGGAGUAGGUGGAGGCUCUGGAGGAGGAGUGAGCAAGUUUGACAGACAUGACCCACGUCAGGUCUUGAUCUCUGAGGCCAUAGCUAAGAUGAUCGUGCUGGAUCUGCAGCCAGUGUCCAUCGUGGAAAACCAGGGCUUCAGAGAGCUGCUGCAGUUCUUGGAGCCACGUUACUCCCCGGAGCCUCAGCACUACAUCCAGAGUCAGCUCCUCCCAGCCUACGCCUACCAGGUCCAGCUGAGCACCCGUCAGGCGCUGGCCUCAGCACAGGCACUCAGUCUGAGUCUAGAUCUGUGGAGGGGCUUUUCUGGACCCACAUCAGGAUACCUUGGUGUCACCUGCCAUUUUCUUACAUCUGAUUGGCAGAUGUGUUCCGCUCUGCUGGCGUGCCUUCCCCUGACCACGGGCAUCUCUAAGAAUUGCGUGCUGUCGGAGUUUGAUGAAGUAUGUCACGCACACAGCGUGUCAGGAAGAGCGUUUCGUGUCGUCGCGGAUCCUUCGCUGGCAACAGCGACCACAAAGCCGUGCUGUCUUCCUGGUUUUCUGGUGAUGUCUCCUCUUGCUAACGCGCAAGACGACAAUGAUGAAGAAGAGGUGGAGAACGGUAACGGUGUGGAGGAAGGGAUGAUGAAUGGCCAUGGUGGAAGAGAUGAAGGAGAAUGGGAGGAUUCGUGGGAGCAGGGUUUGGGGGUUUGUCGGGUGGACUGUUUCUCUCGUGCUCUUGAACAGUGUGUAAGACACGGGUUACGCUCCUGUCCGCAGUUCUCAUCUGCACUGGCCAAGGCCGCCUCUUUCUAUAACUACAUUACCUCUGCUGUCCCGUCUGAGAAAUUGAGCCAGGUGUUUGACGGAACUGGAGUGACCAUGGGGGGAACAAGAAACUCCCAUCCUGCGGUCAGAGACUGGGCUGCCCAGCUAAAGGUGCUUCGGCGGCUUCUGGACUCGGUGGACUUCCUGGAGGAGAUGAGCGGUCCAGGAGAACUGUCACUGGGCACUGCAGAGCGAGCUCUCCUGAAGGAGCUUACUGACACUCUGGAACCCUUUGCUGAAGCGUGGGACAUGGUGCAUGGGGACAGACAGGACGACAUGCACACAGACAGACAUGUGUCAAUGAGUCUCGGUCUGCCAUGCGUCCUGGGUCUUCGCAAACACCUCUCUGAGACAACGACCCUCCAUUGCCCCUCUCUCCUGGUGGCCCUCAGUCAGGCAGUUGAACGUCGACUGGCCCCCAUCCUGGAUGACCCACUCUAUAUCGCUGCCACCACACUGGACCCCCAGUUCAAGCUCACCUGGAGCAACAACCCUGACUGGCACAGACAAGUUCUCAUAGAGGAGUUAUCUAAAUAUUCCACAGCCUCCAGCCCCACACACCCCAACACAGAUGUUCACACACUGUCCCAGACCCCUCCUGCUCCUGCACCAUCACCGGUCUCUUCGCUCUCUCGGUCCUGCAAGUUGUUCUCGUUCAUUAAGCAGAGACCCACAACGCAGGCCAAGAGCCUGGAGCAGGAGCUGAGUGUUUAUCUACGAGAAGAACCCACUGAUGAGGAUGCGUUGCAUUACUGGCGGCGUAAAGCAAUUGACUUUCCUCUUCUGGCCCAAGUGGCCAAGAGGGCGUUUACCGUACCUGCCUGUGGUACUGUGGUGGGGAAUGUUUUCAUGACUGCUGAAUGCUGCCUGCGGCCAGGACGAGGCCACGUCCUACCAAAGAACCUGGAGACGCUCAUCUACCUCAAAGCAAACUACAGAUUGUUAUGGAGUCGGAGCUAAUUAAACCGAGCAGCAUCUCAAGACUUUGUAGCUCGACUUUGUCGAUUCACUUCUUGGACACUGAUCUCACUGAGACCACUAGAAGAAAUGAUGCAGCAAUCCUGCUGCCUGGUCUUGGUCUUUUUUCCAACAGUUUUUCAACACACAUUUAUAUUUUCAACUUUUCAUUGGAAGGUACAAAGGCCGCAGCACUCAUCACGUGAGCUUUCCAACCCAAAACCUGCACUCUUUAUUAACUUGUACCCCAGUCUCCAUCAAAAUAAAACAAAGGAAAGACCGUGAACAGGCAUGGCUCACUUCAGCAUUUUUACUGUAUGAUAUCAUGGAUUCACAUCCUUUGGCCAUCAUUGGGGCAGGUGUCAUGUUGCUCACUCAACCGGACUAAUUUCUGCUCUGUUAUUUCAUCCAUCCACCAUCAUCCGCUUAUCCGUGAUUGGGUUGUGGGGGUAGCAGCUCUAGCAGCAGGCCCCAGACUUCCCUUUCCCUGGCCACAUCGUCCAACUCUAACUGAGGCAGCCCCAGGCGCUCCCAGCAAGGAGAUAUAAUCUCUCCACCUAGUCCUUGGUCUGCCCCAAGGCCUCCUUCCAGUUGGAUGUGCCAGGAACAUCUCCCGAAGGAGGAACCCCCAGUUGAUUUGUUUCAUUUUCUACGCACUCUGCUCAGAAUUCCUCUGCUCGGCUAGGAUCACAUACCCUGGUGUAUACAGGAGAACAGUAUUUCUGAUUUCCUCCCGGGGACCCAUGACAACAACCCAACAGGAAGGCGGCCAUUUUGGUUGAAAUUUUUGACCAUGAAAACUGAUGUAACUUCUCAUGGUGUCAGCAGGUAAAAUGUUACAUCAUUAUGUUAUUAUUCAUGUAUGUAAACGUCACCAUGACGAUGUGAUUAUAAUAAAUGACUUUCUGACACA